UUUACUGGUCGUGUUGUGCGGAUCGAAAGGUUAGGCCCUUCGCGGUGCAGUCAAUAGGAUAUGUCGACUAAUCCGAAAAAUGAAACGAACGAGGAUGUGGAGAAUUUAAAUGGACCCAUCCGUUUCCAGAGUGUUGUGCCAAAAGAAAGGCAAAAAUUAUUGAAGUGGAAUGGCUGGGGAUAUAAGGAUUCUGAAUUUCGUAUGAAUGAGAAAUAUAUUAUUGAAUUCACUGGAAAUAGGUAUCCCAUUGGCAACACGCAACUUCCAUAUUUCACACAAUGGGUAAAGGAUACCUUUGGCGUGGAUCCGACCAAGAAGAACGUGUCUCAGUCCCUGCCAACGAGUCUACCAAAACCGAUCAUUUCGUCGGAUCUAUUGGAUGCGAUCCGAGAAUUAAAGAUCGAAUAUUCCUUGAAGGGUGUCGACCGGUUGGUUAGGGCACACGGGCAUACGCUACGAGAAAUUUAUCUUCUCAAGCAUGGAUCGUUCGAUCGAAUACCGGAUGUAGUACUCUGGCCGAAGUGCCACGAGGACGUUGUGAAAAUAAUUAAAUUGUGUGCUCGAUACGGAUCAGUCUGUAUUCCAUUCGGAGGUGGAACGAGUGUAAGUGGUGCUGCCACUUGUCCGAUGAACGAACAACGAACGAUAAUAUUGCUGGACACCUCGCAAAUGAAUAGAAUACUAUGGAUAGACAGGGAAAACUUAAUUGCCUGUUGCGAGGCUGGUAUUAUCGGCCAGGACCUUGAAAAGCAACUCCGACUGCAAGGUCUGACUUCUGGUCACGAACCUGAUUCUUACGAAUUUUCUAGUCUAGGUGGAUGGGUUGCGACGAGGGCGAGUGGCAUGAAAAAGAAUCGAUAUGGGAACAUUGAAGACCUAGUUGUACGAGUGAGGAUGGUCACCGGUAGAACAGACGAUCCAGAAAUAACGCUUGAAAGGGGUAUAUUGGUUCCAAGAGCUUCUUGUGGUCCUGACUUUGACCAUAUGAUUCUUGGUAGCGAAGGAACUUUAGGUGUCGUUACGGAAGUGGUACUGAAAGUCAGACCAUUACCAAAAGUAGUCAAGUACGGUAGCAUAGUUUUUCCAAAUUUUCAAACCGGUGUCUCAGCGUUACAUCAGGUAGCUAGAGAACGGUGUCAACCUGCUAGUAUACGAUUGAUGGAUAAUGAACAGUUCCAAUUUGGCCAAAUGUUACGACCAGAACCUAGCUGGGGCGGUUUAAUUCUACAAGGAUUAAAACAAGCUUACAUUACUAGAAUAAAACGUUUCAAAUGGGACCAAAUAUGUGUUGCCACUUUAUUGUUUGAAGGUAGCUCACAUACUGAGGUGGCAGCACAGGAACGAAAAAUUUACGAUAUCGCGAAGCAACACAACGGUGUUCCAGCAGGAGAAACAAAUGGUGAACGAGGUUACGUUCUAACAUUCGUUAUAGCGUAUAUUCGAGAUCUGGGUCUCGAGUAUUACGUUUUGUCUGAGUCUUUCGAGACAUCCGUCUCUUGGAAUCGUACCUUGUCGUUGUGUAGAAAUGUGAAAUCUCGUGUGAUCAGGGAGUGUUAUUCGCGUGGCAUUGAACAAUACUUUAUUUCUUGUCGCGUCACACAGACUUACGACGCUGGCUGUUGUGUUUAUUUCUACAUGGCGUUCAAUUACAAGAAUCUUUCGGAUCCCAUACAAACGUACGAGAGUAUCGAGCACAUCGCACGGGAAGAAAUUCUUGCAAACGGUGGUUCUUUGUCUCACCAUCAUGGUGUAGGAAAAUUACGUUCCUGUUUUUACUCAGAUGCAGUAGGCAAAGUGGGAGUGUCUCUUUAUCGAGCAGCCAAAGCACACUUAGAUCCCCUUAAUAUAUUUGCAGCCGGAAACUUAGAUUCGCAAUGUGUAUCAAAACUAUGAAGUGAACAAUAAUGAAGCAUUGUGAUAGUUUGGGACUUGUAUUGGGUAUCAUUUUGUACAGGAAAAUAGUUUCUCUUGAGAGAAAUUUGAUAGGGAAUAAAAACAGAAGGGAAAAAGACAAUUGGCAUUGCCAUUUCUACCAUUGAUAUGUGUGGUGAUAUAAAAAAAUAGUGGUAAAGGAAGAGACUAGUAUAAUACAAAUAAAUGUGAACCAUGGUGUCGUUUGGUACAAAUACGAAAUUGUAAUUGUAUCGACAUUUUUAUAAGUUAUUAUAAAUAAACAAGACUCGCUUACUUAUAGUACUUCAUGGAUAUCAUCUGCAACUUAUCUAUCUGAGUUUCUUUCUUUCAU